AGUUUGACAUUUGAGAAAGUCCGCGACGGACGUAGUUUUUUUGCGUGUUUGGAAAAAGUGUUUUUGGGCAGUGUUUGAUGAAAUAAUUUGGAAAAAAUGGUGUUUGAGAGUCUUGUAACAGACCUCCUUAAUCGAUUCCUUGGUGAAUAUGUGGAAAACUUAGAUACAAAACAGCUGAAAAUCGGAAUUUGGGGAGGGGAUGUGGUUCUCAAUAAUUUGAAAUUGAAGGAGAAUGCACUGGAAGAACUGGAUUUGCCUAUUCAGGUGCCUUAUGGUUACUUAGGUAAGCUGAUCCUUAAGAUCCCAUGGAAGAAUCUUUAUACAGCCCCAGUUGAAGCUACCAUUGAGGAUUUGUACAUAUUUGCAAAGCCAACAAAGUCUGUGGCUUACAAUGCUGACAAAGAGGAAAAGACAUUGUUGGAGGCCAAGAAGGCCGAACUCAAGAGGAUCCAGGAUGCCAAGGCAAAUCGUGAGGCGGCUGAAAAGAUGAAAGCCGACAAGAGUUUUACGGAGAAACUCGUGAUGCAAAUUGUGAAUAAUUUACAAAUUCGCAUUUCAAACAUUCAUAUUCGCUAUGAGGAUCACAGUGCAGAGGGUAGGCAAUUUGCUUUUGGUGUUACCUUGAAAAAUUUCUCUGUUAAUACGACGGAUGAGAAUUGGAGUAAGAGUUAUUUGAAGGAAGUUGUAUCAAAGGUGUUUAAGAUGGCAGAAUUGGAGGGACUUGCUGUCUACUUCAAUUGUGGCACAGAAUCUUUCGAUGGAUGCGAUGAUGUUGGGUUGAGAGAUAAAUUUCAGAGGACAAUUGCAACAAAAACCAUUCAACCGGAAGAAUUCAAAUACAUCUUCGGUCCAAUAAGAUCAAAUGCAAAGAUGAAACUUAAUAUGUCACCUGAAGAGGAUUCACCUAAAUUUACAAUUCCCAAAGUUGAAGUUUUUCUCAGUUUGGAACAAUUUACCGUGGGCAUUUCGAAGAGUCAGUAUCAAAAUGCCAUUGAGUUGGCAGAAUCACUCGAUCGGAGUUUGAAAGGGGCUCCGUAUCGGAAGUUUCGUCCAUUUGAUACGCCAAUCAAGGGGAAUGCAAAAGUUUGGUGGCAUUUUGCCUACAAUUGCAUCGUCGAGAAGCAGAUCCGAAGGCGGAAGAGUGAAUGGCUUUGGGACAAUAUCCGGGAUCACUGUGUAAGGUGUCGGGAAUAUUCUGAGAUUUACAAAACUCGAAAACUCGCCAAGAAACCAGAUACCCAAACCAUUGAACGUUGUGAGAAGUUGGAGGAGAAAAUUGAUCUAUUCAAUCUGAUUAGGAUUCAGGAAGUUGUUGAUAUUGAAGUGGCGAAAAUUAUUAAGAUCCAGGAACCACCAGCAAAGUCCUCUUGGUUCGGAUCGUGGUUCGGUGGGGGAGCAAAGCAAGAAGAGAAAGAACAGAGUUCAGCAAUUCUAACGCAGUUCAAUGAAGCAAUGACCAAUGAGGAGAAAAAUAAAUUGUACAAUGCAAUUGGUUACAGUGAAAAUUCCAUUCCAACAGAACUCCCAGAGGACUAUGUUGCCAUGCGCUUCCAUUUCCAACUCAAUGUUCUCGAAGUGGCCAUAAUGAAUGAUCAAUGUGUGAAAAAUGACACUCAAAACGACAGAAUUCUCCUGCUGCAGCUUCGAGAAGUUCACUGUGAUAUUGAUCAGAGGCCCGCAGCGGCUGCCAUCAAGAUGAAAAUGAACCUAAAAACCUUCUCAAUAUUCGGAGUGCAGCAAGGCAAUGCAACUCCCAACAUUAUCAAGUCAAAAUGCGAAGAGGAAGGUAAUCAACUGACCCUGGACUUUGAAACAAAUCCACUUGAUCACAAAUGUGAUCAGAGAAUAAAAUUGCGCACAAAACCACUCAAAAUAACGUACGAUGGCGAAACAAUUCUGCAAUUACUAGAUGUUUUCAAGCCGCCAAAAGAUGUGAAUAUUUCUCAAAUUCAGGAUGCUGCCUCAGACAGACUGAGCAAUGUCAAAGAACGAUCUGCCACGGGAUUGGAAUAUAUGAUUGAAACGCACACAAGGCUCGAUAUUGAUAUUGUACUGAUGCCAGUUUAUCUCAUUAUACCCUACAAGGGUGUCUACCUAAAUGACAAACACUCAGCACUCGUUGUCAGUUUGGGAACAUUGUCUCUACUCUCAGCUCCGCGAGCCUUGGAGACCAAAGAUGUCCGAUCAAUGUUUCAGAGUGGCAUCAAAAUGGAAGAUAUUAUGCAGGAGAUGAUGGAACAGAGCUAUGAUGUUUUUAAUCUCAAAAUUGAAAACUUACAGGUUCUUUUCGUGGAACCCAGAGACAACUGGCGAGAUGUUUUGCUAAGUGGUGAGAGGACAGAUAUGCACUUUGUGGAACCAACGACUUUAACCCUUUCUGCACACGCUUGUGUUAUUGAUGAUGAUCCUCGCUUGCCGAAGAUCAAAAUAUCGGGAGAAUUGCCAUAUUUUGGUGUCAGCAUGUCACAGCAACGUUUCCUCGACAUGGUUGACCUACUUCUGAGUAUACCUCUUCCACAGGAAGAAGAAACUACUCCGAAACUCCCAGAGAAGGGUGGAAGUCUCUAUCAGUCCACAGCAUCAUUGGCAGCUAAAUUUCUCGAUUCAGAGAAGGUCAGGGGGAAGAAGAAGCUUGAGCAGUCUGGCGAGAUAACUGAGGAAAUUCAGCAAUUCACAAAUUUAACUGUGAAUUUUAUUAUCAAUGAAAUAUCCGUUGUUCUGUUUGAGAAUAAUAAGUCGGAGAGUGAACUAUCAACGCCAAGUAAUUAUGAAACUCCAGCUGAAGAAUUCACCUCAGCCAUAUCAACUCCCUCUGACAAAGGAACGGGAAAUGCAGGAAAGAGGAAGAUCAUAUCGUUCAAAGUUAUGCAUAUUGGAGCGUCUUUGUUGCAGAGAACUUAUGAUCUUAAGGUUAAUCUUCGCCUUGGUGGAAUUGCUCUUGUGCAGUAUAUGUACAGGAAUAAUGCAGAGAGGGAAAUUGAUGUGAUUUCAACGCCAGGUUUUAUCAAUGGGUCUGAUUAUCUGCUCACCAUUGACUAUCUCAAUGUGAACAAAGAAUCUCCAGAAUUUGUAACGAAGCACUCCUCUGUUGAACAAUUGAUUGAGAUAAAAUUCUCAAUAUUCAUUCUGUUGUUGCAUCAAGAAGCCAUAAUUGAAUUUCUCCGGCUGGGUGAUGAGUUGAAGAGGAAGUUAUUGGCCAUAACGGAUCAGAAAACGACUCAGGAAGGACUCAAAGCUGAUAAGAUCGUGUCUGCUGGGAGUCCGAUAAGGAUUGAAAGUGGACUUCCGACGAUUUUUGAGGAAGAAGGAGGAAAGCCAUCCGCCGAACGAAGUCAGAAAAAACGUGUCAAAGUUGUGGACAGUAUAAAAGUGAAGGUAUUGGCUAAUCUCAAAAGUGUUACCGUGAAGAUUGAGAAUGAACUAAGACCGAUUACUACCUUGCAAAUUGAGAAUCUAAGUGCCAGUACAAUUAUCAAGUCGUCGUACACAGAAUUGUGUCUAAAUCUCAAGAAUAUUUUGAUUUCGGACAAGAAUUCUGCUUCCAUUCACAAAACAAUCAUGUCAGUGAUGGGUGAUGACGCCAUUAAUUGUCGAGUUGUUUUGUACAAUAUCGAUGAGACGUCGGUUUACAAUUCCGAUGACAUUAAGAUUGAAGUGUCAAUGGGCGGGAUUAAGGUGGUCUUCUUGAAUUGGUACAUUCAGUCUGUGCUGAAUUUCCUGGAUAACUUUCAAGCGGCUCAAGAAAAAAUUGCCGAAGCUGGAGCAGCUGCAGCUGAUGCGGCAAAACAGAACGUUGUGGAUGCUUAUGCCAAAGCUACACGAAUGAAUCUCAAUGUGAGAAUUAAGGCACCAAUUAUAAUUCUCCCCGAAGACUCUCAGUCAUUCAAUGCUCUAUGCCUCGAUCUUGGGUACUUGAUUGUCACUAACAAUUGCUAUGAACUGUCAGCGGUGAAUGCUGAAAAUGUCAAAGCUGUCAUCGAUGACAUGAAGUUGGAUUUGAAAGAUUUGAAGGUGUCAAAAGUGAAUUUAUAUCAAGACGAUAAUGCAGAUAUUUCCUUCAAUGCCGACUCUGACAGUGUCAUACUCAAUCCGACAACAUUUUCUCUCAAUAUCAUCAGAAACCUCUCCGCGACCUGGUACAAAGACAAGCCGGACAUUGAAGUAUCUGGAAAGAUGAAUUCAAUUGUCAUUAAUAUGGAUGCUAGUGAUUAUAAAUUGAUAAUGGAUAUUUUGGGGAAGAAUAUGCAAGAAGGUGGAUCUGAGAGAAAAGUACCACCGCCGAAGGUUGAAUCAGGCAAUCGUGAACAACUCUUGGUUAGUGAAGUUAAGGUGCAUCAAGAAAUGGUGAAGACACCACAACCCAGUGAAACGAGUGAUCAAACUUUAGAUGAGUCUAAAGGAAAUUUAAUAACAACUUUCCUCAAAUUCUCCUUCCAAAUGGACAGUCUGAUUAUGAAUCUCUCAGCGGAACCUGAUAAAGGAUUAGCAUCUUUUGGCGUCUAUGUACUCUCGAUCAAAGGUAACAAACUCGCUGAUGGAUCACUCAAUGCUUCAAUAGUCCUCUGUGACAUCCAAUGGGAUGAUAUUCGUCCACAGAGAGAAAAUAUGAUUACAAGAUUCAUGGGAAGAAAAGUAGGAAGUGAUGAAUGUAGUGCAAAAUCAAUGAUUGACAUUACAUGUAGCAUCAAGGAGACCUCGAUCUUUGCAGAAUUACGAAUUCGUGGUUUUGAUCUUAUCAUCUCAAUGGACUACAUUAUGAAACUAAUGAACUUUUUGAGUUCACCAAAUUCAAGUGAGAAAACAAGUGGUCUUGAUCCGAAAAAGAUGGAACUAGCAGCAGCUCCCAAAACACCAAAAGACACUCAGGUUACUCCAACGCUUCAGCAGAAUCAGAGCAGUAAAAUAACUCUGAUUGUAGCAAUUGAGCAACCGGAUGUAAUUCUAGUGGAGAAAAUGGAUGAUAUCAAUUGUCACGCAUUGAUCUUGAACUGUGAAGCUGGUUUGAAGUUCCGGCAAUACGGAGAGAAGCAAAUGAUUCGUGGAGAUAUCACGAAUUUCAACAUUCACAUGUGCGAAUUUAAUCCUUCACGCCGAGCUAUAACGCGCUACUAUGUUGUAAAACCUGUGAAUAUCAGUCUGUCGGGAUCAACCCCAGAAACUGAAGGCCUUCAUUUGGCACUGACAGUAUCAAAUGUCGAAAUAUGCAUUUCUCCAGGAACUAUACAGCUUCUCAAUCGAAUUCUAGCUACAAUGAAUGAACAAGAAAAUUCAAACACAGAUGAAGCUGAAGUAAAAGAAUACGUUGAUCUUUGGGAUGUACAGCAAUUCACAGAUUCCGAAUUCUGGUUUACACAAAUUGAAGAGGCAACGGAAGCUAUUGAAAGCCCAACUGAAGACUACAGUCCAAUUGUAAAUCACAAACUCGAAGUAUGCACAAUAGAAGUGCCUUCGUUUAUAAUUAAAGUUGAAUCUGGAUUUGGAUAUUACACGAUCCCAAUGCUAAGGAUUGACAGUAAUAUGUUUGUGAAGGUCUGCAACUGGAGUUCGGAUUUAGCAGCCGAGGGAACACUUCAAUUGGGCAUGUCUUACUACAACAGCAGCUUGGCUCUGUGGGAACCCCUGAUCGAGCCGAAUGAACGAGAACUACCAAACGGUCUGAUUGAAUCUGGAUCCUGGGAAUUGCAAUUCAACGCAAAGAUGAAUCAGGACAAGCAAGAACUUCUAGAUGAAACCCUAGAGGAGAAGCAACCCCUAACGAAAAUCUCUGUCACUGCUACGGAGACAUUAGAGUUGACAGUGACCAAAACGUGCCUAGAAGUACUGCAGAAUCUCGGAAAAGGAUUUAGUGAAGCAAUAAAUUCCCAACUCACUUCGAUCCAGCAAACAGCUCCAUACAUCAUUCAAAAUGACACAGGAUUCGAUAUAACAUUCAAUCUUCAGCGUGGUGGCUUUAAUCUUCACACAUCGCAUCUACCUCAAUCAAUUGAUAAGACUGAGGACGACAAUGCUACCCGAGGAAUAGUUUUCCAAACGAACACCAAAGAUGACUCCCCUGUGACUCCUGAGAACGUAACCACAUGUAAAUUAUCACCAGGGGCUUGUGUCUAUUUACAACUAAAAAAUGAAGUAACUGAUUCAAAUAGAGAGGAUUCAGUGGACUCAAUAAUCCAGAAGGAAAAGUAUCUUCAUGUUAAGAUUGGAGAUAUAGAUAAAGAACUUGUACUGCCAGUUUACAAGGCUGACAAGAGAUAUUUCCCACUGUACAGGGACACAAAUAGUGAACCAUGGGGAAUUAUUUCGAAUAUCAAAGUUGAGUAUGGUAGCACAAUAGUGACAAUUCAUGGAGUUGUUCAGAUUUACAACCAUUUCUCAGCUGCAAUGAGUUUAUUCAGGCGAGUCAAUGGGGCCUUUCAUUUGGUCGGCGAAGUACCACCGAAUAAAGUGUUCAAUGUACCUCUUCAUGCUAUUUAUGCUGUCAACAAAGAUCUCCACUUUUCCCUACCCAACUACAAACCAUCAAUACAAGGCAUUAACUGGAAGGAUUCACCAAGUGACUUCGAAUACCGAAGAACAUUGCAAUGCGAUCCAGAUGUAAACUAUGAACCCUUCUACAUAAAUGCUGUUCGAACAAGGAAAGAUGUUUACUACGAGGUCACAUCAAAGAUAACAAUGCUAAGUGUAUGCUACAUUAUCCACUUGCGACCACCUGUUCUUCUUCGCAAUACACUUCCAAUUCCGAUUAUCAUAUCAGUGGCCGGUUGUAGUGUUGCAAGGGAUGGUCAGGUAGUUCUUCCGCCACGACCAGAGCCCAAGGACGAGAGUCAAAAUCUAUCAGUGUCCCAGAAAGAGGGCGAAGAAUUCCUAGACUAUGGAGAGAAAGUCGUUCAACCGGGAGAAAUGAUUCACUUGCCAACAAUUCAACUGGCUGCCGCACAUGGGGAAUCCUACAGUAACAUUGUCAUCCGAAUAAUUCAGUAUUUGGACAAGGAUUGGUCUUGCACAACAGAAAUCCCGGCAAAUCCACCGGAAUUUGCUGUAUGGACAUUCAGAUCAUUCGAUUCUGUAGCUGAGAUGUCCUUUGAAUUGGGUGUUCACUACGAAAAUCGCGAAGGGAGCCUACAACUCUCAAUCUAUUGUCCAUUCUGGAUGGUCAAUAAGACAGGAUUAAUGCUGAGCUACAGGAAAUCCCGAAAAACCGAAAGAAAUGAAUUGUCUGGUAGUCCUUCAUCAAAGGGAACGGAUGAGUCAAUCAACGUUUUAUACCAUCCACCAGAAUACAAUGGACCCAUUCUGUUUUCUUUCCGCGAGAAGGCCUUCUUUGGCAAAAAUCGCGCAUCAAUUCGCAUUGAUACGGGUGAAUGGAGUGAUAAAUUUCCAUUGGAUGUUGCUGGAUCGAGUGGCGUUGUGGCAUGUCGUGCUAAAGAUACUACGUAUCAGAUAGCUGUGCACAAUGCCCUGACGAAGUAUUCCCUGACAAAACAAAUUACAUUCUUGCCCAAUUUUAUUCUGGUCAAUAAGACGCCAGUUGAUGUUGAAGUGCAAGAGGAGAAUCGACCAGGAGAUCCCUGGUUUACUGUUCCAUCGCAGGAAUGUGUACCACUUUGGCCGAAAGUUGAGUCAAAUCCCAUGUUGAGAAUUCGUGUUGAUGGUAUUGUUACGCCACCGUUUCGGUAUACGGAAGUCCAGUGUUCGUUGUUGAAGUUGCAGCACAACAAAUACGGUGGGAUUUUUGUUGAUGUGAGCGUAACGGAGGGUGGGACUUUUGUUCAGUUUACGGAGUAUUUCGCUGGAAAUGCUCCUGCUCUGAUUAUAAAUCACACGGAUUCGUCAAUGAGUUUCUGGGAACGUGGGAAUGUCAAUGAGAGGAUCUUGAAGCCCAAUGAGAAGAUGAUGUAUACCUGGGCAGAUCCAGCUGGAGAUCGGGUGAUCUACUGGAAUAAUGGCCCGAAGGAGAAGAUAGAAAAUGAUCUGCAGAGAGAUGGAGUGGGAUCCUUUGUUUAUGGGGAUGAUAGUUCUAAAGUGUACUGGUGGGUAUCUUUUCUUGAUGGGGUUCAGCGAGUGUUGCUGUUCACAAAGAGUGAAGCAAUCGCCAAUGAAACUCAAUCAGAUCAUCGAAUGGAUAACAUUAACCAAGAGAUUGAACUGAAUAUCCAUGGAAUUGGCCUUUCAGUGGUCAAUAACAUAAAAUCAUGCGAUGUGAUAUAUAUUGGGAUUGCAAGUUCUGGGGUCAUUUGGGAGGAAUUCAAAAAGUCCCGCUUCAAACAGAUGAAAAUCAAAGAAAACCUCCUGGUUGAGGAGAAAUACCAAGAGUAUUUGCGUGAUCAAAUUGUUGGGAAUCAGCCAAAGAAGAAGUACUUCAUUGAAGGGGAAAAGCACGAGAUUGACUUUAACGAGAUGAAGAUUCAGAAAUCAAACCUUAGGGCAAUUCGCAGAGUCUUUUAUCCAGGUUUAUGGUUCCAACUCAAGACAUCACCCUUCCAGACACAAAUGCACGCCAAAAUCAAUCGUAUCCAAAUUGACAAUCAGACUCCAGAUUGUAUUUUCCCAGUGAUUCUAGCUCCGGUGCCGCCGCCAAAGAGCGUUGCAGCCACGACUGAGCUGAAGCCUUUCGUCGAAGCGUCCAUUGUUGAGCGAGUUAUACCGUUUUCAACGGUUAAACAGUACAAAUACUGGAAGAUUCUAAUGCAGGAAUUCCACAUUCGCAUUGAUCUUGGUGUUAUCAAUGAAAUCUUUGAUAUGAUCAAUACGGAAGAUUCUGAAGAGGAAAUAGUCAAGAUAUUCGCACAAGAGCUGGCAAGGCUCAAAGAACCACUGUCUUCUUUUGUCUAUGUCCAAUCAUCGCAGGAACAGAAGAACUUCUAUGAUCAACUCCAUUUGGGACCACUCAAAGUUCAUGUAUCCUUCUCAAUGUCCGGCUCUGACACUCGCAACAUGCCAGGAAUCCUCUCAACGCUCCUUCAGAGUGUUGGAGUCACUCUAACGGACGUUAACGACGUCGUCUUCCGACUAGCCUUCUUUGAUCGGGAGUACGUUUUCCUUACGCAGAAACAAAUAAUUUCCGAAUGCAUGGCUCACUAUACAGGACAAGCUGUGAAACAACUGUACGUGUUAGUGCUGGGAUUGGAUGUCAUAGGGAAUCCGUUUGGGUUGGUUGUUGGUAUUAAAAAGGGAGUGGAAGAUCUAUUUUACGAACCUUUCCAGGGGCUCAUUCAGGGUCCUGGAGAAUUUGCCCAGGGAUUGGUGUUGGGCGUGAGGAGUCUCUUUGGGCAUACAGUCGGUGGGGCAGCUGGGGCUGUGUCAAAGAUUACCGGGGCUGUGGGUAAAGGUUUGGCAGCUCUGACCUUCGAUAAGGAAUAUCAGAAGAAGAGGAGAAAUCAGAUCAACAGGAAACCGGCCAAUUUGCAAGAGGGCCUGGCAAGAAGUGGAAAGGGUCUGGUAAUGGGUGUUGUAGAUGGAGUAACGGGUGUCUUUUCCAAACCCAUCAGUGGAGCUAGGUCUGAUGGUGUAGAGGGAUUUUUCAAGGGUCUGGGUAAGGGUGCAGUGGGUCUGGUAACAAGACCAACAGCCGGGGUUGUUGAUUUUGCCAGUGGCAGUUUUGAGGCUGUCAAGAGAGCUGCGGAGAUGUCGGAAGAUGUUACGAGACUUCGACCACCGAGAUUCCUAAAAGCCGAUGGAGUCGUUCAGCCCUACAGUCGCAGAACGGCAGAAGGAAAUAAGCUUCUAAAAGAAAUCGACAAGGGAAAGUAUGCAGACACCGAUAUAUUUGUGCACAGUGAGACAAUUAUUGAGCACAGAGAUGUGUUUGUUGUGUCUGACCAACGUGUUCUCUACUGCGUACGCAAUGAUUUAUUCGGUGGAUGGCAAAUUGAAUGGACUCAUCGCUGGGAGGAAAUUGCUGCAAUUCAGGCAACACCCCAAGGUGUGGAAUUGCGCCUAGUGAAGGAGCAGAAAAAGGGUUUUGGUGGCUUAUUUGGUGGUUCAGAGCAACAUCGAAAAGUUCUAAUGAUCCCAAGGGUAGCUCGUCGAGAGCAACUUGUGUCCAUUAUGAUGGAUAUCAAGGAGAAGAGAAAAUAAAUCUAUGUCACGCUUUCAAUGCUAAAUAUUCCACUAGUCAUGGGAAUAAAUGGGGAUUUGGCAGAAUCUUAAUAUGGGAAAUUUUAUCCCAAAAAAUUUUUGUAUCUUCUAGUAACUAUCCCUACAAUGCUACAACUUUUUGCAUUUUUACUACACGUUUUCACAAAAUUGGCACUCAAAUAUGAUUAUUACGCUUCCAUUGGGCAAUAAUAAAAUGUUUUAUAUUAUCUUUUUCUGAAAGUCAUGUAACAAAAACAAAAGAAAAGCUACAAAUAUUAAUAAAAGAGAUAAUGUAAUAUGAUUUUUUGUGAGCUAAAUGUAAUAAAACAGUCCAAUAUAUUUUA